UCCUGGGGCUCUUGGUGGUGACAGACAUGGGGCGGGGCCUAGGGCGCUGGUGCAUCCCAGCAGCUCGGAACUUCUCUGGACCUGAGUAGGAGUUGAUGUUUCCCAGGGGAGACCCCAAAGGGAAACUUGGUGGGACCCUGAGCCUUCCUCUUGAGAGCUACUUGUCCUGGGGCCCUCGGAAGGGCUUGGGGACCUGUGCCCCCUGCCUGUUUAGCAGUCUGUGCCUGCCUGUGAUGUGUUUCUGGAGUGAGGCUAACUGGCCUUUCAUCAGCCUCAGAACCCAAAGAGGUAGAAACCCACGUGAUCCAAGUCCUUUGGUGACCAAACAGGGGCUGGUGCCCAGGGAGGGCCAUGAUUUGUCCAGGGUCACUCAGCUCUGCCCACACCUUGACAGAGACUCUGAUCACUCCUCCCCACUGACCCACAGAUCCAUGACCCCAGGACCCCCAUCUGGGAGCUCUCGCUGGUCUCAUCUGACCAUGUGCUCCCACCUGUGCCCCUCCUUCUCCAGCAGCCAGAGGGAGUCUGAGAACCACCUUUCAAAAGAGACGCACAUGCACACCACCAGACCAAACCCCCAAGUCACACCACUGUGGUGACUCCAGCUUAGAAUGCCACUGGGGCAAGUGUCAGGGCAGGGAGGACAGCUGAUAUGUCAUAGAACCUGGGCACUGGGGGACCCUGAAAGCCAGAUAAGGAAGGGGCAGAUGUCUUAGGGGUGAAUCUUCCACCUGGGCAUGGCGGGGCUGAGGAAGGGGUCCCCAGGAUCCAGGGAGGGGUAAAAGCAGGAGAGGGGAGGGGCACCCAUGUCUCUCCCCUCCCCCACUAUCGGCCCCCUUCCCCCACCCCUGAUGGGAACUAGGAGGCCAAAGUCCGCCCCAAGGUCAAAAAAUUGAUUGUUUUGCAGGGAGCAGGCAGGUGUGGGGCUGUGGAGAGACUGGCAGGGGAGAGCACAGCCGCUUGUGCUCUGGCCUGGACUGAGGGGCCACGUCUAGAAGGUUGGACUGAGGCCAGGACUGUGCCCCCACCCUUGGGGGUGGUAAGGAGCAGCCUUGGCUCAGGCUUUCUGCCAGGGCUGAUAAGGGGCCCUCCUGGGGCUCCCACAAACGGUUUAUCGGUUUAUCGCUGGGGACAGCCUGCAGGCUUCAGGAGGGGUCACAAGCAUGGAGCGGCUUUGGGGUCUACUCCAGAGAGCACAACAACUGUCCCCAAGAUCCUCUCAGACCGUCUACCAGCGUGUGGAAGGCCCCCAGAAAGGGCACCUGGAGGAGGAAGAGGAAGACGGGGAGGAGACACUGGCCCACUUCUGCCCCAUGGAGCUGAAGGGCCCUGAGCCCCUGGGCUCUAGACCCAGGCAGCCAAACCUCAUUCCCUGGGCAGCAGCAGGACGGAGGGCUGCCCCCUACCUGGUCCUGACGGCUCUACUGAUCUUCACUGGGGCCUUCCUUCUGGGCUACGUCGCCUUCCGAGGGUCCUGCCAGACAUGCGGAGACUCCGUGUUGGUGGUCAGUGAGGACGUCAACUAUGAGCCUGACCUGGAUUUCCACCGGGGCACACUGUACUGGAGCGACCUCCAGGCCAUGUUCCUGCAGUUCCUGGGGGAGGGGCGCCUGGAGGACACCAUCAGGCAAACCAGCCUUCGGGAACGGGUGGCAGGCUCGGCCGGGAUGGCUGCUCUGACUCAGGAUAUCCGCGCGGCGCUCUCCCGCCAGAAGCUGGACCACGUGUGGACCGACACGCACUACGUGGGGCUGCAAUUCCCGGACCCGGCUCACCCCAACACCCUGCACUGGGUCGAUGAGGCCGGGAAGAUCGGAGAGCAGCUGCCGCUAGAGGACCCUGACGUCUACUGCCCCUACAGCGCCAUCGGCAACGUCACGGGAGAGCUGGUGUACGCCCACUACGGGCGGCCCGAAGACCUGCAGGACCUGCGGGCCAGGGGCGUGGACCCAGCGGGCCGCCUGCUGCUAGUGCGCGUGGGGGUGAUCAGCUUCGCCCAGAAGGUGACCAAUGCUCAGGACUUUGGGGCUCAAGGAGUGCUCAUAUACCCAGAGCCAGCGGACUUCUCCCAGGACCCACACAAGCCAAGCCUGUCCAGCCAGCAGGCUGUGUACGGACAUGUGCACCUGGGAACUGGAGACCCCUACACGCCUGGCUUCCCUUCCUUCAAUCAAACCCAGUUCCCUCCAGUUGCAUCAUCGGGCCUUCCCAGCAUCCCAGCCCAGCCCAUCAGUGCAGACAUUGCCUCCCGCCUGCUGAGGAAGCUCAAAGGCCCUGUGGCCCCCCAGGAAUGGCAGGGGAGCCUCCUAGGCUCCCCUUAUCACCUGGGCCCCGGGCCAGGACUGCGGCUAGCGGUCAACAACCACAGGACCUCCACCCCCAUCAACAACAUCUUUGGCUGCAUCGAAGGCCACUCAGAGCCAGAUCACUAUGUUGUCAUCGGGGCCCAGAGGGAUGCGUGGGGCCCAGGAGCAGCUAAAUCCGCUGUGGGGACAGCUAUACUCCUGGAGCUGGUGCGGACCUUUUCCUCCAUGGUGAGCAACGGCUUCCGGCCCCGCAGAAGUCUCCUCUUCAUCAGCUGGGAUGGCGGUGACUUUGGAAGUGUGGGCUCCACAGAGUGGCUAGAGGGCUACCUCAGCGUGCUGCACCUCAAAGCCGUAGUGUACGUGAGCCUGGACAACGCAGUGCUGGGGAAUGACAAGUUUCGUGCCAAGACCAGCCCCCUUCUGACAAGUCUCAUUGAGAGUGUCCUGAAGCAGGUGGAUUCUCCCAACCACAGCGGGCAGACUCUCUAUGAACAGGUGGUGUUCACCAAUCCCAGCUGGGAUGCUGAGGUGAUUCGGCCACUACCCAUGGACAGCAGUGCAUAUUCCUUCACGGCCUUUGUGGGAGUCCCUGCCGUUGAGUUCUCUUUCGUGGAGGACGACCAGGCCUACCCGUUCCUGCACACAAAGGAGGACACUUAUGAGAAUCUGCAUAAAGUGUUGCAAGGCCGCCUGCCCGCCGUGGCCCAGGCCGUGGCCCAGCUCGCAGGGCAGCUCCUCAUCCGGCUCAGCCACGAUCGCCUGCUGCCCCUCGACUUCGGCCGCUACGGGGACGUCGUCCUUAGGCACAUCGGGAACCUCAACGAGUUCUCUGGGGACCUCAAGGCCCGAGGGCUGACCCUGCAGUGGGUGUACUCCGCGCGGGGGGACUACAUCCGGGCGGCGGAGAAGCUGCGGCAGGAGAUCUACAGCUCGGAGGAGAGAGACGAGCGACUGACACGCAUGUACAACGUGCGCAUAAUGCGGCCCGCACCCCACCUCCAGUUCCAACUCCUCCUCUUCCUUGCAUUUCCUCACUCCAAGAACUCAACCCCUCAACCCUUUGAUCUCAAGAAAUGGGUGGAGUUCUACUUCCUUUCCCAGUACGUGUCGCCGGCCGACUCCCCGUUCCGCCACAUCUUCAUGGGCCGCGGAGACCACACGCUGGGCGCCCUGUUGGACCACCUGCGGCUGCUGCGCUCCAACAGCUCCGGGACCCCCGGGGCCACCUCCUCCGCCGUCUUCCAGGAGAGUCGCUUCCGGCGUCAGCUAGCCCUGCUCACCUGGACGCUGCAAGGGGCAGCCAAUGCGCUUAGCGGGGACGUCUGGAACAUUGAUAACAACUUCUGAGACCCUGGGGAUCCUCAGAUCCCCCUGUCCCCUUGUCGAGAGCUCCUCUGCUCCUCGCUUCAAUGAUUCAGGGUCAGGGAGGUGGCUCAGAGUCCACCUCUCAUUGCUGAUCGAUUUCUCAUUACCCCUACACGUCUCUCCACGGAGCCCAGACUGCAGCACAGAUAUCCACACACCCCAGCCCUGCAGUGUAGCUGACUCUAAUGUGAUGGUCAUACUGUCGGUUAAUCAGAGAGCAGUAUCCCUUCAAUCACAACCCCUUCGCCUUUCUGGGGUCCUCCAUACCUAGAGACUAGGCCUUGGGACCUGGCCAGCUCUCUUAGUGGGAGAGAUCGCUGGCACCAUAGCCUUAUGGCCAACAGGUGGUCUGUGGUGAAAGGGGCAUGGAGUUUCAAUGUCAAUAAACCACCUGAUGUCAAUAAACCAUCUGGUGACAUCUGUUA